CCAAUUUCCUAAACUAAAUUGAUUGAAAAAGAAAAAGAAAAAGAACUGUUCCUGUGGGGUUUGGUUCUUCAGAAUAAACACUCACUUCCCUCCGUCUCCACCUUAACGGAACCCCCUUCCCUCCACCAUCAACCAUCGCCGCCGUAGGCCUUGCCACCGCUGACAGCCGCCGUCCGUCGUCCUACACUCAUUCAAACCGCAUCUCUAUUCCUCCACCUCAGAUCUGCGUUGAUGUCUUGGAUCCACCGUCGCCAAGGUCUUCCAGUUCCAGAGCCACCAUUGCUGCGUCGUCCUCAGAUCUACUCUUUCAAUUGAAAUUGCUUCCGACUUGUAGCUGUGGACUCGGGGAUUCAGAACUUGAGGAACCAGGAGGUCGAAAGCGGUGGAGAUCAUCAUCACAAUUGUUCUUCGUUUUCGUGAUAGAGUGCUAGCCAUCGUCAUCCACUUCUUCUUGGUGAUUGGCUUGAUUAUCAUAGCUUCUCUGUCACAUUGAUGAGUUAGAUCUGAAAAUAAAGAAGUAUCUCAGAGGAGAAGCUGCUUCUUUUGAGUUAAUCUUAAUUUGCAGGAUUUGAAAGAUAGGAAUCUCAAGCAUCAGCUAUCUGUCAGAGAAGAAUUAUAUGGCAAUCCUACGAAAGCUGUUGCCAAGGCAGAAAAGGCAACAAAGCUCAACCAAAAUGGGGUCACCUCAAAGAACUCCACAGGGUUUUGAAGUCCAUGGAAGAGAGUCUUACAAAUGGGAACGUUUCCCAAAUUGAUUUUGGAAACUCUGUCACGGCCACUGUGUAUGCCUCAGACAAAUCAUCAAGUUACUUCUUGACCAAUGCCAACACUACCACUGAUGCUACUGUUUCAUUUAGAGGAAGAACCUAUGCAGUUCCAGCAUGGUCUGUGAGCCUUCUACCUGAUUGUCAAAAUGAAGAGUAUAACAAAGCCAAGGUGAAUGUGCAAACCUCUGUGAUGGUUAAAGUAAGCAACAAAGCUGAAGAUGAGCCAAUGUCUUUGAAUUGGACAUGGAGGGCUGAGAAUGUUAAACAUGCUCUUCUUACUAAAGUCAAUGCCUCAGAGUCAGCACACAAACUCAUAGACCAGAAAAAUGCUGCUGAUGAUGCUAGUGACUAUCUUUGGUACAUUACAAGGCUCCAGCUUGAUCAAGAUGAUCCUGUUUGGAUUGAUGAUAUGUCCCUCAGAAUCAAUGGCAGUGGCCAUGUUCUCCAUGCAUUCGUCAAUGGACAACAUAUUGGGUCUCAUUGGGCCACUUAUGGAAUUCACAAUGACAAGUUUGAGACAAAGUUAAAGUUGCAGCCUGGAAAGAACACUAUCAGCUUGCUUAGUGUCACUGUUGGACUUCAGAACUAUGGGGGUAACUUUGACAAAUGGCAUGCUGGACUUGUUGGACCAAUUGAGUUGAUUAGUAGAAAGGGUGAUGAGACCAUAAUCAAGGAUAUCUCUCAACACAAAUGGUUGUACAAGGUUGGAUUGAAUGGUUGGGAUCACAAAUUCUUCAGUAGUGACUCACUCUUCGCUUCCCCUUCCAAAUGGGAAUCUCAAAGUCUUCCCACUAACAGAAUGUUAACUUGGUACAAGACAACUUUCAAGGCUCCUCUGGGGACAGACCCUGUUGUGGUGGACCUGCAAGGUAUGGGCAAAGGCUAUGCUUGGGUUAACGGCAAUAACAUCGGCCGCAUCUGGCCGAGUUACUUGGCCAGCAAAGAUGGUUGCAGCGAUGACCCAUGCGAUUAUCGCGGCAAAUAUGAUGACUCAAAAUGUGUUUGCAAUUGUGGAAAGCCCUCUCAAAGAUGAAACAGAAUGAAAAGAAAGGGGAGAGUGAGAAGAGAUACUACGACAGUAAGACUCAUGUCCAUGAAGACUGAAUGAUUUCUAAUUCUCGGCAUUAGACAUGGAAGCUUAGUAAAUUUGUAGGCCUUAUUUUAUUCUUUCUCUAUUAGUAAAAUGAAAUGAUAGUUCUGUACUAUUGUUCAAUUUGGACCAUAAUUGGACAUUGCUAUCUCUGCAUAUGAUUAAUCAUUUGCUAAACUGAUUUAGUCAGUGAUAUAUUUGUAGUUAACCAUGAUUAUUAUCUCCGAAUAAAUUCAUGGUUAAGUAUACCAUGGCUGAAUUAGUUUGGAAAAAUGAUCCAACUUUAUGAUUCAAGCUGAGCAAAGCUAUCAUUUUCACUUUAUUUUGGUUUUUGGUCUCUUUUCUAGAUUUAUCCCCUAGCUUUUUUUUAAUAACAUGUUACAUUUUAUUAUUGCUGUAUGUGGAUUUUAUGAGGAUUGAUUGUCUUUGGUCGAA